UAAGUCUGCUUACCAAUGUUUGGGGUGAAUCUGUGUUUUCAGGUAAUACGACAGAAAUUCUCAACAGAUGGUUCCGAAAUCGUCCUUCUGACUGAUGGGGAAGACAGUACAAUCAGCACAUGUUUUGAUGAAGUGAAACAAAGUGGGGCCAUUAUCCACACAGUUGCUCUGGGACCUUCUGCAGCCAAAGACCUGGAGGAGCUUUCAAAGAUGACAGGAGGUGUGAAGACAGCUUCUACAGACAAUGCCCAGAACAAUGGGCUCAUUGAUGCAUUCAGUUCCCUCUCAUCAGGAAAUGGACUGAUCACUCAACGGUCCAUCCAGCUUGAGAGUAAGGGAGCCACUCUGAAGGAUGGGGAAUGGAUGAAUGGCACAGUUACUGUUGACAGCACAGUAGGCAAUGACACACUAUUUCUUGUCACAUGGACAGCACAACAACCCCAAAUGUUUGUCUCAGACCCCAGCGGGAAAAUCUAUGAUACUUUUUCAGUGGAUGCAAUUUCCAAGAUGGCAUACCUCAAAAUACCAAACACUGCCAAGGAUGGAAUUUGGACUUACAACCUUAUGUCAAGUGCACAAACCCUGACUCUGACAGUAACCUCUCGUGCUGCAAAUCCUAAUGUAACUCCCAUUACAGUGGAUUCUAAAAUGAAUAAAGACACCAGCACCUUCCCUAGUCCAAUGGUUGUCUACGCAGAAGUUCGCCAAGGAUCUGUGCCUAUCAUAGGAGCCACUGUAACAGCCCUCAUCGAAUCAGCUGAUGGAACAACAGUGACUCUGGAACUUUUAGAUAAUGGUGCAGGUGCUGAUGUUUCUGAGAAUGAUGGUGUCUAUUCAAGGUAUUUCAGAUCCUACAAAGCAAAUGGUCGAUACAGCUUAAAAGUGAGAGCCCUGGGAGGAACAAGCACCCAAAUGUCAAGACCCCAAGUGAAUGGAGCCUUUUAUGUACCAGGUUGGAUAGAGAAUGGAGAAGUAAAAAUGAAUCCACCAAGACCUGAAUUUAAUGUCAGUGACCUUCAAGGCAAGCAAGUAUCUUUCAGCAGAACAGCAUCAGGAGGUUCUUUUGUAGUAACCAAUAUUCCAAGUGGCUCCAUUCAAGAUGUAUUCCCACCAUCUCAAAUCACUAACCUCAAGGCUCAGGUAGAAGGAAAUCGCAUUAAUCUGACAUGGACAGCUCCUGGAGAUGACUAUGAUCAUGGUCACGCCCAAGAGUACAUUAUACGAAUGAGUGAAAGUAUCCUUGACCUACGGGAUAAGUUUGAUGAUGCUCUCCAAGUGAACACUACUGAUCUGAUACCUGAGGAGGCCAACACCCAGGAAUUCUUUGUGUUUGAGCCAAAAGGCAUCAAUCUGGUGAAUGGCACCAACAUCUACAUUGCCAUGCAGGCUGUUGAUAAAGCAAAUCUGAAGUCCAAAUUAUCAAACAUUGCACAAGUUUCUGUAUUUAUACCUCCAGAGAAGACCCCAUGUAGUGGCAGUCACAUCUAUAAAAUAAUGUUGAAGUGGCUGGGUGAGUUGCAGGUGACUAUACCCAAGUAAAGGGCCUUAUGUAUACUGACCUGAAGCUCAGGUUUUGUGAGAAGAGUACAAAUCCAUUUUUUCCUCUGGAUUUGUCCCAUCUCAUCCAUUUCCUUUUUGAUUAUAAACAUUUAUCAGAUGUAUUCCUGAUUGCUGAGUACAAAGGAAACAUUGACAUGUGGAUGAUUAAACACAAAAUAUCUGGAUAUGUAUGUGAAAGGACUAUUUAGCCAAGUGUGACAAUUAUCACCUUUUUAUUCACUAUCCCAUAUGCUGACAAAUAAAGGCAACUCUCAUUUAAUACUUUUUAAAAA